GACUUCCGGUUUCCCAUCUGAUACGACCUGUAAAUUCCCAGAUUUGUAUUAAUCAUCACUCACCCUGUCAUUUCAGACACAUUGCAAUGCAUUGAGACACCAACACCAAGGAACUAUGCUGACUGUGGGUCCAGGGUCCAUUAAGUCAGCUGUCCAUGUGAUACUGAGAGUUCCAGCUCUCUUUAUUGUGGAGGUAUGGUUUCGUACACCACAGAGAAAUACCAACAAACUCUUCAUAAAAAACCAACCUCCAGAAAGUCUUUUUACUUUCGGAAGCUAUACAGCUUUGAUCUUUGCUGCUGUGUUGGCGACACUCUCUCUUCGGAAACUUGUGAAUCUGUACAUGCAUUUCAUUGCAUUGUUCCUACUCUUCAUGGAAUACAAGUUGGCUCAACUAUACAUAGAGACACAUUCUACCAGCAAAAGAGGAAUUUCCAUCUUGGAGGAUGCUAGUGCAAUUCAGAGUGUAAUGAUGUCUUUAGUCUUUCAAUGCAUAAUGGCGGCUGUAACAGCAUUUCUGCUGGACAUUUCCAACUGGGUUCGAUAUACGUUCUUCGUCUUCACCAUGCCGGUUUUAGCAUGUACAAUGGGAACAGGUCUAGAAGAGCAGCGUGUUGUACUUAACGCAGCAGUGAUAUUUACGGUCAUAAUGGUCGGCCUGUAUUUCCUCAACUGUAUCGGCAGCAUCAUCAACACAUGUAAGGAAUCCUUCACAAAGUUGUACGUCUCAUUGCAGGUAUUCGGCGCCAUUCCCGUCACGAUUGCACUGUGGCACUCUCUUUUGCUUCCGGUGCAGCUCUUGGUGUUUUGGUUAGUGAUGUUUUCUACGCAAGUUUAUGUUUAUGUAAACUCUACGAAUCUGCCCGUGCUAGAUGAAGGUUUAAUGAUAACAUUUUUAGCCAGCAUAGGUGAAUGUUGUGCAACACCUAUUUCAUUGUUUGCACUGUCUGUUACCAUUUCAUAUGCUUCCUACUGCAUCCUAACCUUGACUAAAAUCUUCCUGCAAGGUUGGGCAAGUUAUCGGGCAGAUAAUGAUUCACUUCGCGGCUGGACAGAGGGUUUUACGAUGUUACUGAUUGCGAUACAGACUGGCCUUCUCGAUCUCAAGCCUUUACAGAGAGCAUUUCUCAUGAGCAUUCUUCUCUUCAUCGUAGCAUCUUCACUUGUUCAAUCAAUGUAUGAAAUAGCAGAACCUAUUUUACUAGGGCUAAGUGCUGCCCACAACAAAAACAUAUUUAAGCAUGUACGUGCUGUGGCCUUGUUUACAUUCCUGUGGAUGUUUCCAUUAUUUAUGACUUACUCAAUUUGCCAUUAUUUCGACCUUGACUUUUGGUUACUUGUUAUCAUGUCAAGCUGCUUGCUGACAACAGUCCAGGUCAUUGGAGCUCUUGUUGUCUAUGCACUUUUCAUGUAUGAUGCCUUAAGUACCACUAACUGGGACUCUCUGGAUGAUGUUAUAUAUUACACUAGAUCUGUUGUACGUAUUUUGGAAUUUGUGGUGGCUGUGUUUGUCGUCUGUUAUGGUAUGAAAGAAUCCAUCUCGGGUGAAUGGAGCUGGAUCAACUCUUCCAUACUAAUUAUACAUUGUUAUUUCAAUGUCUGGCAAAGACUUCAGACUGGAUGGAAAAGUUUUUUACUAAGGAGGGAGGCAGUCAAGAGGAUGGAAUCUUUACCACAUGCUUCACCGGAACAGCUUGCUACAUACAAUGAUGUAUGUCCCAUUUGUUAUAUGGGUCUAGACUCGGCAAGGAUCACACCCUGUGGACACUUCUUUCAUGGAACUUGUUUGAAAAAAUGGCUUUAUAUUCAGGAAAAUUGUCCAAUGUGCCAUAAAAAGAUUGACCAGAUCACUGAGGACGGAAGUCCACAAGGUUCUGGAGACAAUAGGAAAGACAAUACAGGUGAUGAAGCUGAUGUUGUGAAUGAUAUAGGCCAGUCAGGGGAUAAUGCUAGCAAUAAUAGAGACCAAAAGGAGAAGGUAGAGGUGGGGAAAGAUGAUUAUAGUGAUGACGAUACUGUAAAUGAGAGUAAUGAAGAUAGUGACGGUGAUAAUGAUGAUAACGAUGAUGAUGAUUAUGAUGAUUAUGAUGGUAAGGAUAAUGAUAAUUUGAGUAACGAUACAUAACAGAGAUACAGCUGUCUUUAACAAAAUCAAAUGCUGUUAACAUAUUUAUUUUAGUGUUACAUGUAAUUAUAUUUAAGGGCUUUUGAUGCUAAAAUGCAGCCCCAGUUUUUAGCUCACCUGCCUGAAGGAUUAUUAUACUUGUCUAUAGGUACAAUCAAUGACCUCAAUUAUCCUUAAUGAUUUGGGGUGUUAGGUUCAAAUGUCAGUGGUCAAUUGUAUUUAAGAACUCAAAGAAAUUUAUCUGAUAUGUCUGAUAGAGCAUUUUGUUUUCAAGGACAAUGCAAUUUCUUCAACUAAAUGACCUCUGCAUUCAAGGUCACAUUUGUCAAAGGUGCAUCUGUUUCGAAAGAUUCUAUAAAACUUUUAGAUGAGUAUUUCUGCAGGCCCUGGGAUGAAUAACGGUUAAUUAUACAUAUAUAUUUCUCUAACAUCAUUUGAGGAUUAACUUUUAUAUGUUUUUUUAUGUUAUGGAGAUGUAACACAAAAAUGGACUAAAUAAACUGCAGUUUGUAAUGAUGAGAGUAUGAUGAUUGACAGCUCCAUAACAAAACUGUAUUUCAUGUAAUCUAAUCUGCUGUAGACGAUCCAUGUGAAGAUACAUUUUUGUUGAUAAAUUCUUUUCUCUUAGAAAUUAUUAUGCUGCUGUAUCAGCCAGUCGAAAGUGACAUUACAAACAUUAUUUGCUGAUCAAAAAUUUUGGUUUCAGAAUCAUAACACUGUCAUAAAGGAAAGAAAGGGCUAUCAAAUCUGUUCAAUUCAAUGAUCAUGAACUGCAUUAAAAGAUACGUGUACAGUACAGCAUGGAAGAAAUGUUCAAACAAUUUAAUUUCAAAUCCUGGCCUAGGACUUUAAAUUUUUCAUAAGUUUUAAAAGGAAUAAUGGCCUUUUAAUUAACACAACUCAUUAAAUGACAGCAGUCUUUAUUCAAGGUCUAAUUAAUGAACUUAUUGAAACUUCACAGAUCUUUAUCUAAAAUGUCUUUGUAGUAGCUAUAGUGUGUUGUGAACAUUCUUUUCUAAAAGAUUAUGUUAAGGAUGUUAAGAGAUUUUAUGUCUUGUUUGUUAUAUUGAUAUAAAAUAUUUAAUAUCACUAAGAUAAAGAGGGAUCUAGGUUUUAUAUCUGGAGAGCAUGUGUGUGUGGGAUGAUAAUUAGGACAUAUUUAAUAUCACUAAGAUAAAGAGGGAUCUAGGUUUUAUAUCUGGAGAGCAUGUGUGUGUGGGAUGAUAAUUAGGACAUAUUUAAAGACUAAACUCCAGAAUGGUUGUGUAGAAUAUUUUAUAUUAGACAUCCUUAAGUAUGCAUGUUUUGUUGAUGUGUGAAGUAAAACAACUUUUGCCAAA